AUGCUAUUGCCAGUGGUAUUUAUUUUAUUGCAAAUCGGUGUAUCUGUGGCUUCGAAAUGUCCUGCUUCAAAAAUUACUGAAGAAAUGCGAUCGUAUGUAUUAAAAGAACACAAUAAGCUUAGAUCGCAGUUAGCAAACGGUGAAGCAGAAGCAUCGAACGGGCUUAUGCCAAGAAGUUCGAACAUGCAUGAAUUGGAGUGGGACUGCGGCCUGGAAGAAAGAGCGCAACAGUGGGCUGAAUAUUGCGAUUUCGAGCAUUCAACGCAAGAAUUCCGUAAUUAUAGCGGUGAGAAUUUGUAUGCCAGAUGGGGAUAUGAAGAACCGAAAUUAGGUAAUUGUUAUUUCGAAAUAGUUCGUUCAUUGAAGUUUUUACUUUUCCAGUUUUGUAGAAUCUUCUUUUGCGUGGCCAUUUGUUAUUACAUUGGGUCCAAGGUAUUUAAAAUCAGGCACUUCUUCAAUCGGCAAUGA